AUGAGAAACGCGCCAUUGUACUUCUGCCGAAUCGCCUGGUCUCCAGGCCAUACCAGGAGUCCCCAAGCUUUUCUGCCGAUUAAUGGCGGUGAAGGGGACAGUUACGUUCCUUCUCCUUCGUCUUUCACUCAGAUCACGGGCUCAGACUAUGAUGGAAUCCAGAUUGCAGUAUGA